GUCAUUCUAUAAUCAUGUCAAACUUUGUGAAAAUAAGACAAUCUAUUUUAGCUGGAAAAGAAGCUGUAGCUAAUGCGGCUGUUAAUCCAGGCGAAGUUCUUGUUGCAGAGAAUCCUCUGGCUUCGUGUUUAUUACCUAAUGCUUAUAAUUCUCACUGUCAAACAUGUUUAAAAAGACUAAAAUUAAGUUAUGGAUGUUCAGAUUGUAGCAGCAUUAGUUUUUGUAGUUAUAAGUGCAGAAAUAUCGGUUUAAACACUUAUCAUAAAUAUGAGUGUAAGAUUUUUUGCAUGAUUAUCGGUUCUGGAAUGAGCAUUCUUAGUCAUUUAGCUUUACGCAUUGUUACACAAUUGGGCUUAAAAAACUGCUUAUCCCUCUAUUAUUAUAAUUUUGAAGGCAUAAUGUGUACAAAAUUAAGGAAUUAUUUAAAACUUUAUGAUUUGGAAAUGCAUUCUUCAGAAAGAUCAACAAAGGAUUAUUUUGAUCGAGUAUUAAUGGCAGCAUUCUUAAUUCAGUGUUUAAAACAAGUUGACUUUUUCUGCGACUCCAAACAUCAUUUCGAUUUGCAUGAAAAUAGACAACAUAACGAAAUUGUCGUGGGCACGCUUUUGUUAAGACAUUUACUUUUAUUACAAUUUAAUGCUUAUGAGAUAUAUGACACUAUCUCUGAGAAUAUCCCAAAUGUGUAUGAUACGUACAAUCUAAGAUAUAUUGGUGUUGGGAUAUAUCCUACAGCGGCUAGAUUCAAUCAUGAAUGUUAUUCUGCAACUUUCAGAUAUUUUAUAGGAAAAAUGAUGAUAUUAAGAUCAAGUCGGUUACUUGAAAUAAACAAUGUUAUUGCUGAAAAUUAUGGACCGAUAUUUACUAAAAAACUCCGUUCUGACAGACAAAGGCACUUAUAUGGAAGAUAUUGGUUCAACUGUAAAUGUCAAGCAUGCGAAAAUGAUUGGCCAUUAUUAAACAACAUCGAAUACAGUGCUGUUAAGAUAAGAUGUAACCACAAAUCGUGUACUGAAUAUAUUAGAGUUCAUCUUAAUAAAAAUUACAAAAAAUGUUAUGCAUGUCUCAAAUGCUUGAAAAUACAAAAUUUCCGGAAAUCACAUGAAAAUAUAAUUACAAAAUGUGUGUUAUGGUAUGCAUAUGGAACGACUGCAAUAAGUAGACAAUGCACUCCCGAAGCGGCACAAAUACUAUUUAAAGCAUUAAAAGUUUUUCAUCAUGUAGCAAGUGUUCCUCAUCGAUUUACUCAUUUAGCUGAGCUUGGGCAGCAAUAUUGUUUAAUUAGCAACAUAUAAAAAGACAAUAUGUUUCAUAAUUAUUUAUAAGUCGUUUUAAACGUAUAAAUAAUAAACGUUUUCAUAGCCAG